CUACCAAUAAGCUUGGUGUGCUUGCACACCUUAAUUGUAGGCCGCUUGCUUGAUGCCACGACCAAUGACCGGCUAUCUUGUUUAAUUCCUUCCUCUUCAACCACUGAUAUACGCCAUACGUGCGCCUUGCACAUGAGUUCGUCCUAGCAAGAUGUACUUAUCCUUCCAGGCGCUUUCGCUGUCUGUUCUCCUCGCUCUACCUGCUGGCGUUCGCGCCGUUUUCCAAGACGAGGUUGGACACAUCGACUAUCACCACGAGCUCCUCGGCGUCCCCCAGCGCGAAACUACCUUCUUCCACCGACCCCGAACCGAAGAGAAGGCCAGCCUUCUGUAUACCCUCAGUGACCUGGGCGUGCUCGGCGCCGUGAACCCCAGUAAUGGCGCUAUCGUAUGGCGACAGUUGCUAGCUGGCAACAUCACCGAUGGUGGGGGUUUUUUGCGCGCUCCCGAACAUGAGACAUGGCUAGUUGGCGCACACGGUAGCUCCGUAAGCUCAUGGGAUGCAUUGACUGGUCGCAAUGCCUGGUCCUUAAACGCCAAUGGUGUGGUUAAAGAUGUGGAGGUCAUGGAGAUGACUGAACGAGGGGGCAAGGAUGUAUUAGCUCUCUACCAAGAGCCUGGCGCAACAAUCACAAGAAGAAUCCACGGUACAGAAGGGCACGUCCUCUGGGAACAUAAGGACGUGAAUAAGGAUAUUCCUUUACAAGUGAGCACCAGCUUAGACAAGAUCUUUGUUGUGAGUCUCCAUGGGUCGCUCCUCUCAUAUAGUCUGAAAGUCAUAGUGCUGGACACCUUGACUGGUAAGAAGUUGGACGAGAUCCCGCUUGGCACCAAGAAUGAGGUCCAGAAGCCUGAAGAUGUCAUGUUCGUCGGUGCGAAUUCGGCUGCCCCUAUCGUCGCAUGGACAGAUCACACAAUGACCCAGCUUCAGGUCAAUGUGCUCGGCCGCAAAACCAAGCAGGAGUUCGCCCUUCCCGCGGACACGAUAGAGGUGGAGAUCCAUGCUCCACAUACCAUACAGUCAUCACCUCAUUUCCUAGUACACAGUCGAACAAAGUCUGGAAAUAAGGCCGACGUCUUUCACAUCGACCUUAAGAACAGCGCCAUUACCAAAGCAUAUGAGCUCCCAUUGCUUAAGGGUAGCAGUGCCUUUUCAACAAGCUCAACCGGCGCCAACGUGUAUUUCACCAGAGUAACGGAUAAUGAGAUUACUAUAACUUCAUCUACUUCCCAUGGCCUUCUCGGCCGUUGGUCUUUCAAACCAGGAACUGAAAAGCCUAGUGCUCUACAUGGCGUCUCUGAAGUUAUCAAGAAGGCCGAAGAUAGCUACGCUGUGAGGGCCGCCGUUGUGACAGACUCAGAUGAUUGGACCCAGAUCGUCAAUGGAGAGAUCAGCUGGAUACGCCUUGAGGGCCUGAGCGGCGCUGUAGCUGCUACAUGGGCCGAGAUUCCCGAAUCGGAGGAUCUAGCAAGAACACUAGAGGCCGAAGCCCAUAGCAACCCAUGGUCGGCAUACGUACAUCGCGUGAACCGUCACAUCAACGACCUUCAAUACCUGCCCGCCUACCUACAGUCUAUCCCGAAACGUCUUAUUAGUAGUAUCGUCGGCUCUGAGAGCACAGAUUCUACUGAAGAAGUCAAGAGGGAUAGUUUUGGAUUCAAUAAACUUGUCGUUCUGGCGACUAAGCGUGGAAAGCUAUACGGUCUCAAUGCUGGCAACCACGGACAGGUUGUAUGGUCCAAGAAAGCCAACGAGACACCGUCCGGCAGACAUUGGGAUGUUAAGGCCAUCCACGCAGACAAUGUCAAGGGAUUCGUUACAGUUCGCGGUUCGGAAGGCGAAUUCAUAAUCGUGAAAUCAGAUACAGGCAAAACCGUGGAGUCUAUGCCAUCUAGUCUCUUUCCGCCAGUUGAUGAUGCCAUCAUGGUAGACAGCGACGCCGGACCGUGGCUCUUACCUAUUGAACGUGACGGGAAACUUGGUGACCUUCAGCCUGGCUGGGCUCCUAAACAAACCGUAGUUACUCGCACGGGGGAGAGUGAGAUUCAGGGGUUCAGAUAUGUAGGGAAAGAUGGGCUAGCCUCUGCAGUACCAGUCUGGAACUUCUCUCCUUCUACUGGGCAACACAUUGUCAACAUUGCGACUCGCCCACAACACGAUCCCAUUGCUUCUAUCGGUCGGGUCCUUGGUGAUAGGACAGUCAAGUACAAGUAUCUAAACCCCAACACAAUUGUGGUUGCUGCUAUUGACGACAAGACAUCUACCUUAUAUACUUAUCUCUUGGAUACCGUAUCUGGAGAGGUCCUAGCUUCCUCCUCUUAUGACGGAGUCGAUCCUAACAAGGAUAUCACUUGCACCCUCUCCGAAAACUGGUUCCUGUGCACUUUCUACGGUCAAUUCCAGUUGCGCGAGUCUCAGGACCAGAAACUCAAGGGCUACCAGGUCGUCAUUUCCGAUUUAUAUGAAUCUGAACUCGCCAACGAUCGUGGCCCCCUAGGCGACGCAGCCAACUUCUCCUCUCUCGACCCCGUGGACAUGCCCACAGGCCCAGCGCUCCCCUCCGUCGUCUCCAAGACAUUCAUCCUCUCAGGCCCCAUCACCUCGCUAGCAGUCACGCAGACACGCCAGGGCAUUGCCAUCAGACAAUUGCUGGCGUACAUGCCCGAAUCGCACUCCAUCAUCGCCAUCCCGCGCAUGCUCCUCGAGCCCCGCCGCCCCGUCGGCCGCGACCCCACCCCGGCCGAGCUCGAGGAGGGUCUCUCGCGCUACGUCCCCGCCAUCGAGCUCGAUGCCCGCAUGACGGUGUCCCACACGCGCGACGUCCUCGGCGUCCGCGAGAUCAUCGCGGCCCCGGCUAUUCUUGAGAGCACGUGUCUCGUCUUCGCGUACGGCGUUGAUGUCUUCGGCUCGAGGGUCGCGCCCUCACAGGCCUUUGAUAUCCUGGGCAAGGGGUUCAAUAAAGUCACUCUUUUGGCUACGGUUGCGGCGCUGUUUUUGGGCGUGCUUGGAUUAGGUCCUAUGGUUCGGAAAAAGCAGAUUAAUAUGAGAUGGCAGGCUCCUAUGUAAUGAUGAUCAAAGGAUAUUAGCUAGCAUUUGGUGCCUAGGGGGGAUGGUUUCUAGAAUAUUUAAAGAGGGAAGUAUACAUGAGAUCAGAUUUAAAUGCGUCUACGUCCAAUUCAAUCCGUUGAACAUAUAUUGCCAAUCUGCUGUCAGAGUCACAUUGGAUCUAGCCUUGAGAAGUACAUCGGGACGAAGGUAGGUACACAUUUUUACACGUGCAAAUAGAGGUGCUCUGGGUUGUGGCACGGGCUGCCUCCCAUACCCAAUAUUUGAGGUAGCAAGAGCGGCUGAGUAGGUGGGUAGAUGCUGUUUCCUACCGUUGCUAUUGCAUGAUCUCGAG